GCACGGCGAGAGGCAGAGUCAGUUGCCGGACAGCUGUGGAAGGAGGAGGUCGCGCUGCUUCCUACCUAUUCCUUGCGCCUGUUCGCAAAUAUCAGUAAACUACAAAAUAAACAAUUAAGACACACCCAAAAGUGAAAAAGAAAGACCAAUAAAGGCACGAAGAACAAAUUCGACAACACUAAAAAAAAGAAACAGAGAGAGAAAACGAGAGAAAGAAGAGAAGAAAAGAAAAAAAGAAAGAAAAAAAAAAACCCCGAAAAACUUCACUUUCCCGAAGCAUCGAAAACCUACUUUGCUGGUGCUGGAAAGUCUGCAUCAGUACGUGUUUCACUGACUCUCCUUACCUGUUUAUUAACUCUACGUGUCAAGAUGGACAAAGCGCAGAGUCUGAGUUUGCUGACGCUCCUUCUCCUGGCACCACAAGGACUAUCCAAAGGCUACCGGAGCUACCACAGCGACGACUACCACGACUACUACUACGACUCCGAGCACGACUUUGAGCCGCCGACGUUCCAGGCACGACCGCAGACUUUUACGGUUGAAGUCGGGCAGUCUGUGAUAAUUCCGUGCGAUGUCGAGAACCCAGGCAAGAACAAGCUGAUCAUCAAGAAGUUCCCGGCCAACGGGGGCAGCGAGAAGCUCCUCUCCGUCGGCAGCGAGCGCGUGAUCCCCGACAGGCGCAUCACGGUGGGCGAGGGGCGUCUCACCAUCUCGCACGCCCGACCUCGCGAUGCAGGGACCUUCCUGUGUCAGUUCGAUCUGGAGCCGCCCUUGCAGCUGCGCCACACCCUCGACGUGCAGUACGCGCCCUCCGUCAAGGCCCUGGUGGCUCAGGAGCUGCACGUGACCAAGGGCGAGAACGUGACGCUCAGCUGCCAGGCGGAGGGGAAUCCCCCGCCAAUCAUCAGGUGGUCUCGUCAGGAGGGAACUCUGCCGUCAGGACAGCGCAACCAGGAGGGCGAGAACGUGACCCUGAACGGCGUGGACCGCCACCACGAAGGCACCUACCUCUGCACCGCCGACAACGGGAUAGGUCAGCCUGCCUCCGCCUCCAUGACUGUCACUGUGGAAUAUCCGCCGGAGAUUGUUGUGGAUAAGGCCGUGGUGCAGACGGGCGACGGCGGCCAGGUGGAGUUAGUGUGCGAGGUGCACGGGCGCCCCACUCCGGAGGUCGUGUGGACGCGCUACGGCCAGGUGCUGCCGCCCGCGUCCUACCUCGGCAACCGGCAGCAGCUGCAGCAUUCCACGGGCCACCAGGGGUACAUCCACAAGGCCCAUGACGCCCACAUCAGCCAGAGCCGCGUCGCCCAAAGCCACACGCUCACCAUCACCCACGUGACGCAGAAGGACUUCGGGGACUACUCGUGCACGGCGGAGAAUGCGCACGGCACGAGGGUGGCCGUCAUCAAGGUCACAGGCCUACCCAAUUCGCCCCGCCUCACCAGCAGCCCCAACGGCGGCGAAAGCAACAGGUACACCCUCACCUGGGACACAGAGAGCCAUUCCCCCAUCACGGAAUUCCAGAUCAGGUACCGCAAGAGUCAGCAGGGACCGAGCCAGCAGAACCGGUCCCUGGUGUAUCCCGGUUCUUGGCGACACGUGUCACGCCCCGUGGCAGUGUCAGCCGAGGUGAGCCUGGCAGAUCCUCGCGGGAAUAAAGUGAGGCCGCAGCAUAUGACACACACGAUCGCAGACUUGGAGGUGGCGACAGACUACAUGGCCGUGGUGAGAGUCAGGAAUAAAUAUGGAUGGUCUAACGAUUCGGAUUAUUUCCAUUUUUCUACUAAGAAAGCAAUGGCGGUCCUUCGCUCCACUAGCAGCUCUCCCGGCCUCCUGCCCCACUCGCCUUCCCUCCUCCUCUUCGUCGCCUUCUUCAGCCUGCUCUUCGCCUCGUUUGCGUAGGAAGACCAUCCUGGCGUCUAAACCUCUUUACAACGUCCAUCACGGUUGCCCGCAGCUCCCCAGCCUGCCUCUCUUGAGAUCGUGUUGUCUGUCUGUCUGUAUGUCGGUCUGUUUAUAUAUAUAUAUUUUUUUUUUCCUUUCUUUCUUUCGUUCUUUCUUGUAUUAUCUGUU